AUGUUUGGUGCACAGUUCAAGGGAUCAUACAAGGAGUACGAUGAAGCUCCCCGAGAUGCAAAAGAUUCACUGGAUAAGUCCGAUGAUCUUAGUGUAGUUGAUACCGAAUCCGAAACUACUGGACAUGACACACCACCCACAACGCGUGCGACUUCACCAGCCCCCACCGAACGCACGGCCGAAAGCAACAGCAAAUCCAAGGAUCAUCAGCGCAAACAGGAGCCGCCCAAGCUACCUACGCUCAAGUACGUCGCAAUCAUCGAGACGGAGACGGACAAAGCGAUCUGCGAGCUAAAGCCCGAAUGCGUUGACGAAGAAGUGUGCAAGCUCGUUAAUAGCGCCAAAGAGAUGUGCGACAAGAUGGUCAAGAAGGGCUAUGAGGGCAAGGUCAAGCUGCAGGACAUAAUGGACAUUGGUCUCGACAUGGCGAUGGCGAAGGCGAAGAAGUGA